AUGGCCGCCGAGCGUCUUGGUUCCAUCCUCAAGCACCUAUCACCCAACAGCGCGGUGAGCAAGAUCACCGCCAAGAACCCCGAUGAUAUUGUCAUCACUCUGGCCGUCCGUACCCCGCUGUGCAAGGCCAAGAAGGGCGGCUUCAAGGACACCACUCUUGAGUACAUGAUCUAUGCCCUCCUCAAAGAGGUCCGGGAGCGCAGCAAGCUCGACCCUGCUCUCGUUGAGGAUAUUGCUCUGGGCAAUGUCUCCGAUGGUAAGGCCUCCUACAAGCUCCGCGCGGCGGCUCUGGCCGCCGGCUUCCCUAACACGACCUCGUGUUACUCCCUCAACCGCUUCUGCUCGUCCGGUCUCAAGGCGGUCGCCGACAUCGCGCACGCCAUCAGCAACGGCUCGAUCGAGAUCGGUAUCGCCAUGGGCGCCGAGAGCAUGACCAUCGGCGGCGACGCCCUUGAGAAGCCCUUCGACGAGGAGGUCACCAAGCAUUCGCAGGAGUCGGUCGACUGCAUGCAGCCCAUGGGUUGGACGAGCGAGAACGUGGCGCGCGAUUUUGGCGUCACCCGUCAGAUGAUGGACGAGUAUGCAGCGGAGAGCUUCCAGCGCGCUGAGAAGGCACAGAAGGCCGGUCUGUUUGAUGACGAGAUUGUGCCCAUCAAGACCAGGAUCAAGGAUGCCAACGGCCAGUGGCAGGAGGUUACCCUGACCAAGGAUGAUGGUAUUCGCUAUGGCACUACUGUUGAGGCCCUCAGCAAAAUCCGCUCGGCCUUUCCUCAGUGGGGUCCGACAACUACUGGCGGCAACGCCAGCCAGGUUACUGAUGGCGCUGCCGCCGUCCUCCUCAUGAAGCGCUCGACUGCCAUCAAGCUGGGCCAGCCCAUCCUCGGUAAGUACGUAGGCUCGACCGUGGCCGGCCUGGCCCCUCGAAUUAUGGGCAUCGGUCCCACUGUUGCCAUCCCCAAGCUGCUGGCCCAGCACAACCUCACCCUCAACGACAUUGACGUCAUCGAGAUCAACGAGGCCUUCGCCAGCAUGGCAGUCUACUGCCGCGACAAGCUCGGCCUGGACUGGGCCAAGAUGAACCCCCGCGGUGGUGCUAUUGCCCUAGGUCACCCUCUGGGUGCUACUGGUGCUCGUCAGAUCGUUACCGGCUUGAGCGAGUGCCGGAAGACCGGGAAGAAGAUUCUGCUCACAAGUAUGUGCAUUGGUACGGGUAUGGGCAUGGCAGGGUUGUUUGUGAACGAGCAGUAA